CAAGCACUCCAUUACUGAAUCUCAUGAUCCCUGCCCACUCACCCCACUAAGAUGCCGGCUGUGAUGGCCAACCUUGCCCACCUGUCCCGGCUAGUUUUGUGGUCAUCCGCCCAACGACACCAUUCACACGCCUCCCCCCUCCUCUAUGUGUGCGUUUCCUUGCCUCCUGAGACGCUCUUGGCGGUAUCGUCAAGGGGUAUCACCAUGCAACCAGAUGAUGCGCCAUCAUAUCGUCUUCCAAUCAGCAAAGGUCACAGACGCCUUGGGAUAGGUAAUUAUGACGUUUGCUGUAUUCUUUUGCGGCUCUUUUUCACCAGAAUCCCCCCGUUUUGCUCCGGAUUUCACGUCCUCCGGAUUUGGAAUCCUAAUCUUGACUCUCAUUGCUUUUCUCUCUGGGGCAAAGUAUCUUCUGAUGUGCAGUUCUGCUCUAGUGUCACCUGGAUACCUCAACUUAUAUAAGCAACUCUCGUGAUACUUUAUGACAAGCCCAAGCCAGGACAGAAGUUGCACCACGCCGGUACGCCGAAGACCACAUUAAUUAUAUUACCGGACUCUUUCA